CCAUCAUCGCGGGCGGGAUCCUCAAGUCCAUGUCAAGGCGGAGUGAAGACACAUUUUACGACCACCGCUGCACUUCAAUGAGUGAAGCCAGGUUGAUGUGAUUAUACGCAGUGUAUUCUGCCAGUUGACGUAACGAGGCAGAGUCACUGACCUCUCAAACCUUUACUCUUCGUCAUGCGAGCGUCAGCACAUCCUUUACAACAUCGCGGGCCAUCAUGGACCGCAAGCGCAAGAGAGAGCUACGUGACUUGAAUCUGCGCGUCUGGGCAGGCACAAAGGAUGUUUACGAGGUAGCACCAUCUCUAGACUCGUCUCUCAAGAAGAACACCGCUUUUAUCAAACGUCUACGAACCGGUCUCUCUUCCACAUCACAGGACACGUUUCUUUCCGAAGUUCGCACGUUAUCCCUCCAAAAGUACCUCUCGGAGAUCAUCUCUGCCACGGCGGAAGGGUUAAGCAAACUUAAGACUGCGAGCGAGAUUUCGACCGCGGUCGAGGUGGUCAGUGCCCUACACCAGCGAUUCGGGCCUUCAGAGUUCACGAAACAGUUGGCAUGGCUUCUUGGCAAGGGGUUGACACCCCCGGACAAGGCUCAGAUGAAGCUCUGGAGUCCAGAGGUCCGGGAACGGGAGGAGAAAGAGCGUCUUUCGCGUCAUCGGAUCCUCCUCCGCGUGGUCACCGAGUUCUGGAUAUGUGGCAUUCUUCGCAGUCUAAACGAUGUCGAUCGGCCAGAUGAGAGCUUAGCGCGCGGGAAGGAGGGUCAGCUACAGUCGGAAUCUAAACCAAAGGCGGCCACAAACGGAACUCGUCCCGACGCUCAGAUCGAAAAUGAGCCCUUCCCUUUGGAAGUGUUGAAAGAACUGCUUGGUCAUGAUCCUGAACAUGCCAAUCUAGGACUGGCGGUCCUGUUUGUGAAGAACUUUGCCUGGGAUGUUCUUGGGCUCAAGCCACCGUCCGAUGAAGCUAGAAAAACUGGAGAUGCCGACGGUACGACUGCAGAAGCGCCAAAGGAGGGUGCGGUUGCCAAUGGUUCAAGCGACGAGGAGCAACCGAUCAUUCCGCAAUCCAUUCGGCAAAGGUUCAUUAACGUUCUCGACCGCUAUCUGGGGAGUGUCAAGAGUCAUGUCAUCCGGAACCAAAAGCUGUUGACCAGCCAAGGCCGUCGAAAUGCAGAAGCGUAUGUCAAGAGCGGUGAAAUCUUCGAGGACAGACAGGCCAACUACGAGAAGCAGUUGAAGGCUCAAGAAAAAUUGGUUGCUGGUGCCCAGGUUCUGUGUGAUGUGCUAGGACAAGAAAUGCCCGAGCUUGCUGAGCAAGAGAACGCGGAUAAUGCAACGGCUAGUGGCGUCGGAAUGAUCAAGACAGGCGACUAUCUCAAAGGGUCAGCUGAAGGUGCCGGCAUCUGGGAGGAUGAGGAUGAACGCCGCUUUUACGAGAACCUGAUGGAUCUCAAAGGUCGGGUACCUAGUAUUCUCCUCGAGGACGCAAAGAAGAAGUCCGAAUCCGACGAGCGAACUGAUCCGAGUGCUGCUGCAACUGAGAACGGUGCGGGCAAACCAUCUGAGAACGAUGAUCAGACAACGGCAAUUGCAAACAAAACUGUUGGCGCCCAAGUUGAUGCUCUCCUGCUGCGUCUCCCGGAAUUGCAGACCAAGGAUAUGGUUGACCAGGUGGCGCUGGACUUUUGUUUCCUCAACUCCAAGGCUUCUCGCAAUCGUCUUAGUAAAGCUCUCCAGGACAUCCCCAGAGGUAGGACGGAUUUACUACCUUUCUAUGCCCGCCUUGCGGCCACCUUGGGGCAGUAUAUGCCAGACAUCGUGCAAGGCCUUGUGGCACACCUCGACGAGGAGUUCCGAAGCUUGCAGAGACGCAAAACCAAGGAUUUCCUUGGUCAGGCCCGGCUGAUGAAUAUUCGUUAUCUCGCGGAGUUGACAAAAUUCGGUGUCGUCCCAGAGCACGUCAUCUUCCACUGUCUCAAAGUCAGCUUGGACGACUUUUCCCGGAUGAACAUUGAAAUCAUUGCGCAUUUACUUGAGAAUUGUGGCCGCUACCUUUUGCGCAGUCCUGAGACGGCCCCUCGAAUGGCCUCGUUUCUCGAGACACUGAGUCGCAAAAAGUCCGCCCAGCACAUGGGUGCUCAGGAACGUAUGCUGAUCGAGAACGCGUUGUAUUAUGUGGAUCCUCCGCAGAGGGCAGCCAUCCAGCAGAAGGAGCGUACUCCUGUGGAACUCUUUGUGCGCCAGCUGAUCUAUGUGGACUUGACCAAACGCAACUACAUGAAGGUGCUGAAGACCCUUCGCAAACUUCAUUGGGAGGAAAAGGAAGUCGUCGACCUCCUCGAGAAGAUCUUCAGCAAGCCGGGCAAAGUCAAAUACAGCAACAUCCAUCUCCUGGCAGUGUUACUCCAGGGCCUGUUUCGCUACCACCAGGACUUUGCGAUCGGAGCCAUCGACAACAUUCUUGAACAAAUCACGCUUGGUCUUGAACAGAAUGAUUUCAAGUUCAACCAACGGAGAAUAGCGGAAGUCAAGUAUCUGGGCGAGCUGUACAACUACAAAAUGAUCGAUUCGACGGUUAUAUUCGAUACUUUGUAUCGAAUCGUGACUUUUGGUCAUGAAAGCGGAACACCACAGCCUGACAAUUUCACCCCGUUUGACCCUCCCGACGACUUCUUUCGAAUACGGUUGGUUUGCACUAUCCUCGAUACUUGCGGAGUGUGCUUCGACAGGGGUAGUUCUCGUAAGAAGCUCGACUUCUUCUUGACCUUCUUCCAGUACUACAUCCUGAUCAAGGAUCCCCUUCCCAUGGAGAUUGACUUCUUGGUACAAGACACCUUUUCGCUUGUGAGGCCGAAUUGGAAGCUUGUGACCGAUUUGCCUGAAGCCGCAAGGUUAUUCGCCGAAGCCGUGAAUGCAACAUACAAGCAGCAAGGGACCGAGAAAGCCGUUGAACAAGUGGAUGACAAUGAUGAGUCAGGAUCCGAGGAAGGUGAGGCCGAUGCCGAGCUCGAGGCAGAGUUUGCUGAAUCUUCAGACGAGGAAGGCGAGGCCGCGGCGGCUGAAGAUGAGGCCGACGAAAAGGGCCAUCGGGAUUCAGAGGAGGAAGAAGAGCAGAUUGUCGUUUUACGUCAAGAAGAACAGGUCGACCCAGAAGAAGAAGCCGAGUUUGAACGGGCAUUCGAGAAGAUGAUGGCGGAAAGCCUAGAUUCUCGCAAAUUUGAGCGGAAGGCUCAAUUCGACGUGCCCCUUCCGAUCCGUAAAAUCCAGCGAGCACCAGUCGACGCAAACGACGAAGAAGCACCCGCCGAAGUUCGAACUGAGCCCAACACAAUGGCAUUUUCAUUAAUGACCAAAAAGGGAAAUCGACAACAAACUAAGACGAUUGAAUUACCAUCCGACUCGAGUUUCGCGAUUUCCAUGAAAUCGCAACAAGCAGCCGAAAGAGAGGAACAACAGCGCAUCAAGAAUCUGGUCUUGAACUAUGAUCUGCACGAUGAUCAACACGAUGGCCCAGAUCCCUUCGACCGGACUCUUAGCCGAGCCGAGAGAGCAGGACGGCACACCGCCCGUGCAAGGAGACUCAAUCUUAAAGAUGUGGACUGGACAUGAAGCAGCGAGUAUCGCAACCGUAAAAAACCCAACCAGAGCUACAAGCCACCUUGGUGGCAUGCAUGAUCCAGAGCAUCGACGACAAUUCCUGCGGCGAUGUCAUACACCGAGCGACACUCCAGCGUAAGACGAUGUCCUAUUCCAUCAGCACAGGACCGUUCCGAACCACCAGGGAACCACCAGGUCUGUAUUACCUCCAUUGGGAUCCACCAUGUGCAACGUCCAAUGCGGGCGCCCAUAGGCACCCCUUACUACCCAGGACUCCGGACAGGCCGCCAAAGCUAAGGAUUGGUGUAUGGGAGAGGUCGUCGACAUCCCGACGGUGCACUUCAUGUACGUGAAGGGAAGAUACCAUAGCCAUAGCACUGAGCGGUUUGUGCCGCAGACAGCUACAGUCAAGAUGACCCAGGGACGCGAAAGUGAACGUAUGUUGCGGGAAAUAAACCCGUGCCUCAGUUGUACUGGGACUUGCUAGCAGCGUGUGCUCCCUGAGCGGCAGAUGGAACGCCAAAGACAUGGCAUCAUUUGGCACAGUGAGGAGUGAAUAAAGAAAGAAUCAAUUAGACUGAUAAGAAUCGUAGUAAUCCAACCGCGGUUUGGUUCUUGCCUCUG